UAGUGGAAUUCAAUUCCCUUUGCUGCGUUUCCUUUUAUUUCCUUUUAUUUUUUAUUUUUUUUACCUAAAACCUGUCAAAUACCUAAUCGUUUUUAAGAUUCUUUUAAGCAAAGCAAUUUAAUUCCCAAACAAAAUUAAGCAGAUACCCUCAAAACCCUAUAUCAAUCGAUCGUUCUCAUAGAUUCGUUUUAACCCUCUUCAGUCCUCACAUAUACGAUCUUCUUAACAUCAAUCUAUUAUAACAUCUUGAAGGAACUGCUCCUCCCCCUGUUCGAAGUUCUGCUGUGUUUCUUGAUCGAUCAAACAGGGAAACGGAUGCUCGUUUUGUUGAAAACACGGAUUGACAGUAAUGAAAGCGAUAUGAGUGGUUUGUUAACUGCAUCCCUGUUGGAUAAUCAGAACCGAGUUGAAUUUCAAGAUAACAACAUAUUGAUUUGAAACCGAGUGAUGCUGGUGAGGGCCAAGAGGGAACGAAGGAGGUAGUGAAUAGUGAAAUUGAUGAUUUCAAAUUACAACAACAAGGUUCAAGUAAGAGACAAUUUGCAUCCAAGUGUUGUAAAUUUUGAGGAAAAAGCUUUUGCAUUAUCCAACCAUGCAAUUAGCUAACAAUCCAAUCCGUCAAACUCACUACAACAUUCUGAAUGUGAAAGAAGAUGCAACCCAUGAAGAAAUCCGUUCAAGCUAUCGAUCUGCUCUUCUCACUUCCCAUCCAGAUAAGUUACAAAACACUUCCAUUUCCAACCACCGAGAUCUGGGAUCUCAAUUUCUCCAUAUCCAAACAGCUUGGGAAAUCCUAGGAGAUGUGAAAUCACGGGCAUUAUAUGACCAGGAGCUUCGGGUUUCAAGACAUGAUGAGUUAACUGCAGAUGAAGUUGAGUUGGAGGAUUUGGCGGUGGAAACUAGCGGUGAUGGUGAUGGUGAUGGUGAUGUGGUGGAGCUUUUUUAUCAGUGUAGGUGUGGUGAUUACUUCUCACUUGAUUCUUUGGAGUUGAGAGAGAUGGGAUUUGAAAUAUUGAUAAAAGAAGGUGAGAAGAUAUUGUUACGAGCACAUGAUGGUGCUUCUGUGACAUCAAUCUUGCUACCUUGCACUUCUUGCUCUUUGAAAAUCCGUUUAGUGAUCAAUAAAGAUACAUGGCCUUAAAUUUGUGGUAAUGGAUUCAUGAUCUGAUUCAAAUUUUGGCAUGAUAGGAGUCGAUUGUAAGCAACCAUUUUUUAAAUCAAGAAGGAGAUUAUCGUUGUUAUAACUUGUGUUGAAGUGAAUAUAGAAUGUAUCAAUGUAAUGUAUGUAUACAUUGUGGGGUGUGAUGAAAUGAGUUCUAGUUCAUAAUA